AUGACUGCUAUCUUCGAGAAGGACAGCAUGCCUCUGCACAAGGCCAACAGGUCGGGCACGGUCCCCGUGCUGUUCUGCUUCUCGGUCUUCGCGCGGCCCUCGUCCGUGCCGCACGGCGCGGGCUACGAGCUGCUCAUCCAGAAGUUCCUCAGCCUGUACGGCGACCAGCUCGACAUGCACCGCAAAUUCGUGGUGCAGCUCUUCGCGGAGGAGUGGGGCCAGUACGUGGACCUGCCCAAGGGCUUCGCGGUGAGCGAGCGCUGCAAGGUGCGCCUCGUGCCGCUGCAGAUCCAGCUCACUACCUUGGGAAAUCUUACACCUUUAAGCACUGUGUUUUUCUGCUGUGAUAUGCAGGAAAGGUUCAGACCAGCCAUCAAGUAUUUUGGGGAUAUUAUUAGCGUGGGACAGAGAUUGUUACAAGGGGCCCGGAUUUUAGGAAUUCCGGUUAUUGUAACAGAACAGUACCCUAAAGGUCUCGGAAGCACUGUUCAAGAAAUUGAUUUAACAGGUGUAAAACUGGUACUUCCGAAGACCAAAUUUUCAAUGGUGUUACCGGAAGUAGAAGCAGCAUUAGCAGAGAUUCCUGGAGUCAGGAGCGUUGUGUUAUUUGGAGUAGAAACUCAUGUUUGCAUCCAACAAACAGCUCUGGAACUGGUUGGCCGAGGUAUUGAGGUUCAUAUUGUUGCUGAUGCCACCUCAUCAAGAAGCAUGAUGGACAGGAUGUUUGCUCUUGAGCGUCUUGCUCGAACUGGGAUCAUAGUGACUACGAGUGAGGCUGUUCUCUUACAGCUGGUUGCUGACAAAGACCACCCAAAAUUCAAGGAAAUUCAAAAUCUAAUUAAAGCGAGUGCUCCAGAGUCAGGUCUGCUUUCUAAAGUAUAGGACGUUUGAACGACUGGUAUGCUACUCACCAUCAGGUGACAGGACUGUAAGCCCAGACACACUCUUGUCUGUACCAGAAUUAAAAUGUCAAGUCAAAAAUUGGCUCUUUUUUUGCGCCUCUUAGUAAAACUUAACCAGUUAGACCAUUUGGGUACCAGCAUUUAGUUACAAAUGUCAAAAGCUUCAGGUGCUGCUUACCUUCUUUGUUUCUUGAUGUGCUUUUAUUUAUUUAAAAAAAUUAUAAUGGAGGUGCCUGUUUUGUGUGUACUGUACACAUUGAUCAUAACUUUCAAAAGUGCACAUUCUUGUGAAGUUUUCUUCAUUGUGCACUGUAAAGAAAAAGAUGUGUUAAUAAUAGUUUGACUUUUGUAUAUGUAUGUUGUGUUAAUGUGGAUUCAGUGUUUUUACUUUACAUACAGGUUGAUUGAAAUAGGAUUAUUAUAUGAGACUUUAAAAACAGGACUCUGAUUCGUAUUACCCGUUUUCCUCAUAAUGCAGUCAGCUUAUAGAAUGAGUUGCGUUGAUCUAACCAGAUAAAAUUAUGUGGAAUAAUUACAUAUCUUUCUUGAUUAUGCUAAUUUUCUUAAUCACUAAUUCUCUGUUAGUGUUCUCUUUUUCAACUGAAUCUUUUCCUAGAGACUCAUUGGGUCAUUGCUUGUUUUAAUUUUGUAAACAGAUAGGAUGAUUUGCGAUGCCAUAUUGGAGGACUGUUUUAAAAUCUUUGAAGUAUCAUCACUUUAGCUGAAUAUCUUUACAACCAUCUUUACAACCAUGUUGAAAACGUCUUCUAAUAUGAACAAGAUUAUACAAAACGAUAAAGCCUGGAUAAAAUGCAGUUUUAAAACAUUCAUAUUUUUGUUUAAUAUUUUCUCCACCUCCCUUCCAAUUAUAAUGAUUUGGUAGUAUUAAUUUUGUAGUCAUUGCUACCUUUCAAUAAAUUUAUUUUCAUUAAAUACUUAUUAGAGAGUUUAAAACUUUUUUAAAUAUACGAAAUAUAGAACAUUGCUGUCUUUUAUAUUAAAGUAAUUAAAGAAAA